UAAUUUCUGUCUCAAUCGAAUGCAUUACAAUAAUCAUCAUUGCUCUUGUUUUUAGUACAACAAACCUUGCAAUGAAACAAAAAUUCCAUCUUCUUCCGCACUUCAAACACAGUACCCAUCUCAUCAACAAUGGCUGAAGCAGCAACAAGGUAUGCAGUUGUUACGGGAGCAAAUAAAGGGAUUGGGUUGGAAAUAUGUAGGCAGUUGGCUGCCAAUGGGGUGAGAGUGGUGUUAACGGCUAGAGAUGAGAAGAGGGGUCUUGAAGCUCUAGAAAGUCUCAAAGGAUCUGGUCUCUCUAAUCUGGUUUUUCAUCAGCUUGAUGUUGGGGAUCCUGCUAGUAUUUCUUCCAUUGCAGAUUUCAUCAAAGCCCAGUUUGGGAAGCUUGAUAUCUUGGUGAACAAUGCAGGGAUAGGUGGAACGGUUGUAACGGAUCCUGAUGCUUUAAGGUCAAGAUAUGCUUCUGCUGAGGAAGUAGGAAAAGUCAAUUGGAAGGGAAUAAGGCUUGAGCCUUUCGAGCUGGUGGAAGAAUGCCUGAAAAUAAACUAUUAUGGGCCAAAGAGGAUGAUUGAAGCCUUCAUUCCUCUUCUCCAGUUGUCAGAUUCGCCAAGGAUUGUCAAUGUUUCCUCCUCAAUGGGAAAGCUGCAGAAUAUUAAGAAUGAAUGGGCAAAAGCAGUGUUAAGUGAUGCUGAAAACCUUACAGAAGAGAGGGUGGAUGAGGUCUUAAACCAGUUUCUAAAAGAUUUCAAAGAGGGAUUAUUAGAAGCUAAAAGCUGGCCCUCUAAUCUGUCUGGCUAUACAGUCUCAAAAGCAGCCUUGAAUGCCUACACAAGGAUUCUGGCCAGGAAGUAUCCUACUCUUUGCAUCAACUGUGUCUGUCCUGGCUUUGUCAAAACAGAUCUAAACUACAACAGUGGCAUCUUAACUAUCGAAGAAGGUGCUGAAAGCCCUGUGAGAUUGGCUCUGCUGCCUGAUGGGGGGCCUUCCGGCCAAUUCUUCGUUCGGAAGGAAGUGUCUGAAUUUUAACUGAAAAAGAUUCAUUACUUCAUAUGAACUAAGAACAUCAUAGCACAGAGAUACUGUUUAUGGCUUCUCUAUAAUAUGUAUGAAUCCCAGGCUAAUAAGACCACCCAGAAUUGCUUAUGAUUAAUUUUUAUGCUGGAAUGCUUUGUUAGUACAUAUGGCAUGUGAGCUUA